GUUUCGAUAAGUACAUUUUUAAGUAAAUAGAAAACUUAAAAAAUGGAGAUCUCCAAAUAUAGAGGAUGUAGCAUUGGAGCAAAAGAAGGGAAAAUGGGAAUGAACCCCAAAUUUGGGGAUGAAGAUCCCCAAAUUCGGGGGCUUGCAUUGGAGUUGGUAUAAGCCAACCUGAAAAGUCAAUGACCGAUAUUUUCUCAACCAUAUGGAAGCCUACCUCUCCAAACGAGACAGCGUCGACAAGCUCCUGAAGAUCUCGCGAUACGCCGCCAAGAUCAUUCUCUCCUCCUCGAUCAUCCCAGAAACCUUAAUUCUAAUCAACCGCCUCAGGAACUUUGAGUCCAGCGUCGGCCUCAACCAUAAGGCAUUUCGCCUCAAGAAAUUCGUCCAGGACGUCACUUCCCCAGCUCCUCCCACUUCCACUCCCGACAAGAAUUGAUCCUCUCGAUCCUCACCUACGACGGUGAAGGAAUCUAAUACUUCAUCGAGCAGUUCGUCUGGCUGUCCAGUUCGGGUUUAAUCGAUGGGAGACACGCCAAGAGGUUGGGGAAAAUCCGUUCCUGAGCGAAAUUCGCUGGAUACGUCGGGAGCAUCUCGUUGAAAUUUACUAAUUCGAAUGAAUUGAAUGGGGACAUGGCCGCAUUGUUGUUGACGAUUGGGAUUCCGCACUCGAGAGGGGUUCAGUGUUGCAAGGAGGAAGUGAGGAUGAACAAGUUGAAAGCGAAGAUGGUGCUGAAGAAGCAGUCGAUCAGUCAGGAUUUCGCCGAUGGGUUUAUGGCGUUGGCUGAUAUUAGGGAUAGAAAAAGGAACCUAUCCUCGGCGAUUUUAGAUAAAUGAAACAGACCCGACAGUUUUUUUAAAUUAUUUUCUUUUUUGUUCAAAAUUAAGAGGAUAAAUUGUAAUUAUUGAA